AUGGCGUCACCUGCUGGAAGGAACAGUAUCCCUGUCAAAAUACUGACAGACCAUAAAAAUCUGGAGUACUUCCAGACACAAAAGGGAUCUGAACCAAGGCAGUUAAGAUGGAUGGGAUUUUUGGCAGAUUACAACUAUAGGAUUGUGUAUAGGCCGGGCGCACAGAAUAGAAAAGCAGAUAUUCUCUCUCGCCGUGAAGACCACAAGUCUGCGGUUAAAGGGGGGGACGCUCUGCAUGAUGAUAAAGCUGUACACAAAAUCCUUAAAUCCUUGGAAGAGGAUAUACCUGUUAAAGGAUGGAAGAUUGAUAAUGGCCUACUUUACUAUCAUGAUCAGAUCUAUGUCCCCAAUGAGCCAGAAAUCAGGAAAGCUGUCUUAGAAAGCAGGCAUGAUAACCCUUCCACUGGGCACCCAGGACAGUUCAGAACCUUAGACCUCCUUUCAAGGGAUUACUAUUGGUCAGGGAUGAAACAGUCUGUAACAAAAUAUGUCCAAGCAUGCGACUCAUGCAUACGUAGUAAACAUUCCAACCGGGCUCCUGAAGGUCUCCUUCAAAACAUAGAUUUACCCAAUAAGCCCUGGGAGGAAAUAACGUAUGACUUGAUUGUAGGACUCCCCACCUCAGAAGGAUACAAUGCAAUAUUAACAGUAGUGGACCGCUUAUCCAAAAUGGUUCAUUUCAUACCAACGCACUCUGAUGCAACUGCGGUUGAUGUUGCAAACCUCUUUGUAUCCUUUGUGUGGAAGUUACAUGGGUUACCCAGGAAAACCAUCUCGGACCAAGGCCCCCAAUUUAAUGCAAAGUUCCUAAGACAAGUCUAUAAGCGGCUGGGGAUAGAACCACAUUUCUCCACUGCAUACAGACCCCAAGUUGAUGGACAAAGUGAACGCUUAAACCAGUUUGUGGAAAUCUACCUACGCCACUAUAUCAACUAUAGGCAAACAGACUGGGUUGCGUCAUUACCACUUGCGGAAUUUUCAUACAAUAAUGGGAAACACUCAGGUUCCAAACAUUCACCCUUUUACAUGUGCUAUGGCUACAACCCAGACUUUACAGUUGGGAACACCAAGGAAAGCCAUGUUCCUCAAGCCGAUGACCUAGCAGACUUCCUGAAAGAGAUCCAAGCUGAAGCUAAAGCUGCCUUAGAAAUGGCGGCAAGACAAAAUGCACAACUAUGA